CUCAGGAUAAUAUCAGCGGUUACAAAGGAUGGCUUAAUAUGUCUUCUGCCUUUGAAAUCUUUUGUCCUCAAAGUUGUCCAUGUGUCUAGAGAAUCGACCCUCUCCCGAAAAACGUCAUUAGAACCUAGCCUAAUCGAGGAUGGCGCCAAACCCAACCAUCGCGUCAGCAUCAACACGACGCGUCGCCCAAUUGACGGAUCAUCUCGAUCCCGCAAAAGAAGGCGUACAGACUGUCACUCGCCCUACGCUACCUAUUGAAUAUCCACUGUCUCGACACCAAUUCGACUCAAAUCACUGCAUUGAUCACGUACGCGAGCUCAGAGUGGCCGUCGUGGGUGCCGGCCUUUCUGGAAUCAAUGCUGGCAUACUUCUUCCAGCCAAAGUUCCAGGUAUUAAUCUAACCAUUUUCGAGAAAAACAGCGAUGUAAGCGGAACUUGGCUGGAGAAUACAUAUCCAGGCGUGCGCUGCGACAUACCUGCCCAUGUCUAUCAAAGUACUUUUUCUCCUAACACGCAAUGGACCGAGAUCUUCGCCAAAGGCGCCGAGAUUCGCGAUUACUGGCAAUCCCAGGCCAAGAAGCAUGAUAUCUACAAAUACGUUAAGCUACGACACCACGUUGAUGACGCAUUGUGGGAUGAUGCCCAAUCUCAAUGGUACCUAAGGGUGCUCAAUCUCGACACCAACAUCGUCAGUACCGAGAAGUUUGACGUCUUCAUCACUGCACUUGGUCGUUUCAAUGCCUGGAAGCUACCAGACUAUCCUGGCUUGGAUGAGUACAAGGGUUAUCUCAGACAUACUUCAAAUUGGGGCUCGUAUGAUCCAUCUCGCAAAAACGUUGCUGUCAUCGGCAAUGGAGCAAGCGGCCUCCAAAUUGUGCCGAAUCUGCAGCUAGUCUCCCGACAGGUGACACAUUUCGUGCGAAAUCCUACGUGGAUUGCCACAAGUUGGGCGGGCGACGAGCGCACCUUUGAACCGCAGCCGUAUUCUGAGGAGCAACGCAAGUCUUUCCAAGACCCGGAAACGUAUUUGGCCUUCCGCAAAGACAUCGAGGACAGAUACUGGAGGCGCUUCCGUGCCAUGGUCCGAGGUUCAAAUGAAAAUGAAGGCAUCCGAGACCAAUUUAUCGAUGUCAUGAAAAGGCGGAUUGCCAAGAAGCCACAUCUACUGGACGGGUUGAUACCAGACUUUGCACCUCAUUGCCGGCGGUUAACACCUGGUCCUGGUUAUCUUGAGGCACUCACCGAGGAUAACGUUGAGCUGGUCAAGACAGCCAUCAAGCGUUUUACACCAGCUGGAAUUGAGACUGUUGACGGGAAGUCAUACGAGUUCGAUGCUAUAUUUUGUGCCACAGGCGCAAAUGCAGACCUUGUCCCACCCAUUCCCAUUAAAGCAAGAGGAAUCGAUUUGAAAGAGGCGUGGGCGCCUGGAGGUAAAUGGGGGUAUCCAUACACAUAUAUGGGCUUGGCUACUCCAGGCUUCCCUAAUCUCUUCUUUGUCGGUGGACCUCACAGCACUGGACCAUCGGGUACUGUACCACAGGCCGUUGAGACAGCGCUCACAUACAUUGCCAAAGUUCUUCGCAAGGUUUCUUCUCAGGGCAUUGAGUCCGUUGAACCGUCAGAAGAAGCGACUGACGAUUUUGUCGACUAUUGUGACGCGUUCUUUCCUACUACAGUACUCACUGACAACUGCUCAUCAUGGAAUAAUGGCGGCAUACCUGGUCAGCGCAUUCACGGCCUUUGGCCUGGUUCAGCCGCACAUGUCACCCUUGUCAGGCGCGAACCACGGUGGGAAGAUUGGAAAUAUGAAAGACGUGAGCAAAAUAAAGUGAACCGGUUCGCCUACUUCGGUAAUGGUUACACCCAGGCUGAGACGGAAGAGGAUAACGAUAUGGUCUCAUACUUGAGAGCUCCUGGGCAAGAGGUCAAUUUGAAGGAUGUCCACGAAAGCUGGUGGGAUACGCCAGGCGCUACGAAAAAGUUGACGUGAAAAUUCGUUGCCCUCAAAUAAUUGAAUAUAGUAUUCAUCUUCUCAUAAAUCCGCAAAGCACAUGACAAAGUUUUGGACCCAGUAGUAAGUUGAUCAGGUACCGAGCAACGAAGCAACACUCUUCAUUAUUUUCUGCAAUAUUCCUUAUC